UCCAUAUAUAAGUAUCCAUAUCUCUUUAACUCUUUCAUUCAUUUCCUUUCCUCUUUCUCCAACUCUCUUUUUGAAUAUAUAUAAUCAUAACCUCGGAUCCAUUAGUUCAGCUUACGCCCAUCCUAAAGAGAAAGACAGAGAACUAUAAUCUAAUCAUUAGUUUGUAAUUAAUCAAUCAAAGAUCGAAGAAUCGAAUUAAGUGUCAGGUUCCAAGAACAAUGACAACAACCAAAAAUUCAAGUAACAGUGUGAGGAAAAGCUACUUUGACGUGCUAGGAAUUUGCUGCACAUCUGAAGUGCCUUUGGUGGAAAGGAUAUUAAACCCCAUGAAUGGGGUAGAAAAAGUUCUAGUCAAUGUGACAACAAAAACUGUAAUUGUUUUUCAUGAUGAGCUCCUCACUACCCAACUCCAAAUAGUCAAGGCCCUGAAUCAAGCGCGGCUAGAUGCUAACAUUCGGGUGUAUGGCGAAGAAAAGAAGGGAAAAAGAUGGCCGAGCUGGUAUACAAUCGGUUGCGGUUUAUUACUGGUGGUGUCGCUCUUUCAGUAUCUCUAUCACCCACUUAAAUGGUUAUCUCUCGCGGCUGCAAUCUUUGGGUUGCCACCAAUUCUAUCCAGAUGUUACGGUUCUGCAAGAAAUUUCACCGUAGACAUCAACAUCCUUGUAUUAAUUGCAGUUGGAGGAACAGUGGCCAUGCAAGACUAUAUUGAAGCUGCUUCCAUUGUCUUUCUAUUCACCAUUGCUGAGUGGCUUGAAUCUAGAGCCAGUUACAAGGCAACUGCGGUGAUGUCCUCCUUAAUGAGCAUGGCUCCACAGAAAGCAGUUUUAGCCGAGAAUGGAGACAUUGUGGAUGCCAAAGAUGUUAAGCUUAACACAAUUCUUGCUGUAAAAGCUGGAGAAGUUAUUCCAAUUGAUGGAAUAGUUGUAGACGGAAAUUGUGAAGUGGAUGAAAAAUCUUUGACAGGAGAACCAUUUCCAGUAACUAAACAAAUGGAAUCAAAAGUAUUAGCCGGGACAAUUAACCUGAAUGGCUAUAUCAGUGUAAAAACAACAGCAUUAGCUGAUGAUUGUGCAGUGGCCAAAAUGGCCAAACUUGUAGAAGAGGCCCAAAACACUCGAUCGAAAACACAACGUUUGAUCGACAAUUGCGCCAAGUACUACACCCCAGCGGUGGUACUGCUGUCAGUGCUUCUAGCUGCGAUUCCAGCAGUCUUAAAAGUUCAUAACUUAAAACAUUGGUUCCAUCUUGCUUUGGUUGUACUUGUCAGCGCAUGCCCAUGUGCUUUAAUCCUCUCUACGCCAGUUGCCACUUUCUGUGCCCUGACUAAGGCAGCAACAAAUGGCCUUCUAAUUAAGGGUGGUGACUAUCUGGAGAUAUUAGCAAAAAUCAAGGUUGUGGCCUUUGAUAAAACAGGAACAAUAACAAGAGGAGAAUUCUCCUUGACAGACUUCCAAUCAGUCUCUCAGGAUAUUGGCCUGGACAAUUUAAUCUACUGGGUUGCAAGCAUUGAGAGCAAGUCGAGUCAUCCAAUGGCUGCUGCACUGGUGGAUUACGGGUCUUCAAACUCAAUCAAACCUCAACCAGAGAAUGUGACUGAAUAUCAAAAUUUCCCGGGGGAAGGGAUUUCUGGAGAAAUUGAUGGGAGGAAGAUUUAUGUUGGAAACAAGAAAAUGGCAGCAAGAGCUAGAUGUGAAAUAGUUUCAGAUCUUAAAAAAGAGGGACAAACAAUUGGAUACGUAUUCUUAGAUGACACACAGAUAGGGACGUUCAGUGUUGCUGAUACAUGUCGGACUGGAGUUGCAGAAGCUAUCAAGCAGUUGAAGGGUUUGGGACUUAAAACUGCAAUGCUUACAGGAGACAGUCAUUCUGCCGCAGUGAGGGUACAAGAUCAGCUAGGGAAGGCAUUAAAUUUCGUCCAUGCAGAUCUUCUUCCACAAGAUAAGGUCAAAUUCAUAAAAGAACUUAAGAAACAAGGGCCAACGGCAAUGGUUGGCGAUGGCGUAAACGAUGCACCUGCAUUAGCAAGUGCUGAUAUUGGUAUCUCAAUGGGUAUUGCAGGUUCGGCAUUAGCUACAGAGACGAGUCACAUAACCUUAAUGUCAAACGACAUUGGAAAGAUCCCUCAAGCCAUUCGACUAGCUAGAAAGACUAGACGAAAAAUAAUUGAAAAUGUGAGUUUGUCGAUUGUUACAAAGGGCGCUAUUCUUGCAUUAGCAGUGGCUGGUCAUCCUUUUUUAUGGGCUGCAGUUCUCGCCGAUGUCGGAACCUGUUUGCUUGUGAUAUUCAAUAGCAUGCUUCUUUUGCGGGGAACGCCAGUCACCCAUCCACAUCAUUCCCAUUCAUCUGACACAAAAGGUAGUCAUGAACAUCACGGACAUGGUCAUUGCCAUGACAAGAAGGGUUCAUGUGGCUCAAAAAAUCAUGAGAAAAGCCCAACUGGAACUGGUAACUGCAACUCAAAUCAUGUUAAAGAGAAUUGUUGUUCACAUGGCACACAAGAUACCCGUUCAGAUCAGGUUAGGAUGGAUGACCAUCAAACAUGCCCUUCAAAAACCAUUCAUGAGCACAAUCACCACGAGCAUUCUUUUCCUGACAGUUCAUGUGAGAAGAAAGAUAGUACCCGUAGGAGUAUUUCCAAGCAUCACCAUGAUCACAAAGGUUGCAAGUCAAACAGCACUACUCCACUUAAGGCUUCAUCACAUAUAAUAGACAUAAGCAAUGAGGAAACAGUGAAGUGUGAGCACCCCCACAAUCAUCAUGAACAUGUUGAGCAGUCGAAGAUUAAGAAAGUAGCAGUUGAUGAUCAUCACUCUUGUGGAUCUGACCACACUCACCACGGUCACAACGAUCAUCAUGAACAUGUUGAGCAAUCGAAGAUUAAGAAAGUAGCAGUUGAUGAUCAUUACUCUUGUGGAUCUGACCACACUCACCAGGGUCACAACGAUCAUCAUGAACAUGUUGAAGGCUCGAAGAUUAAUGCUUGUAAAGGAUCAAAAGUAGCAGUUGAUGAUCAUCACUCUUGUGGAACUGACCACACUCACCAUGGUUCACAAUUGUUAGGUGCAGUUUCUACUGAUAGUAAUGCAGAUCACUGUCAUGACCAUUCGCAUGCAAUUGCUGGCAACAUCAAUCUUCACAAUGGAGUACCUGAGUCAAGCAAGAAAGGUAAUGAAAUCAAACAUUUUCAUGAUAAAGAGGAUUGUUUUCACAACGGACAUGCGCAUGGGCAUUCAAAGUGCAAAGAUCCUGCUAUAACUGUUGGGAUGAAAUCUAAUGAUCCGAUGGUAAAUUGUUUGAUGGAAACGAGCUGCAACAACACACCAACAUCUGUGGAGCAUUGGUGUAACAGUUUUGAAAAGAGGGAGAUGGACGCAUGCUGCAAGAGUUACAGAAAAGAAUGUGGUCAUCAUCACCAGCAGCAACAUGGGUGUAUGGGAGUUGGUAUGGGAAGUUUAUCAGAGAUCAUCACAGAGUAGAAAGAGAGAUUCAGAUGCUAGCUCUAACUAAGGUUUCAACGGAUAAGAAUCAAAAAAGCGAUGAUUUGUUGCAUCCCUUGUGUAUCUAUUGGUAUUAGUGUUUUUGCUCUAAGAAGCUAUCUAGCUAGGCUUACAAAGUUUUGCUGUAAAUGUAAUAUUAAAGCUCACCAACAAAAAACCCAAAUAAGAAAGAAGGAAAUGAGAAUGAAGUCAUAAUGUAAUGGUUUAUCGUGCGAGAAUUUGACUCUAUUAAAUCAAAUGAAAUGCAAGGGUAUAUUAUUGUACUGUAUAAUUUCAGUCAGAUAGUAUUCA